AGCACGGGCAGCAUAGACUCUGCUGCUGCCGCCUGAGAUGGCAGGGGAGCAGCGGGCAGGAGGGAAAGGAGAGGCCGGGGAUCCGCCCGAGGCCCCCGUACGUGUCCUGCAGAGCCUGCGAGUGAAGAUCUGUGAGGCCAAAAAUCUGCUGCCUUAUCCAGGACCAAACAAGAUGAGAGAUUGCUUCUGCACGGUUAAUCUGGACCAGGAAGAGAUCUUUAGGACCAGUGUUGUUGAAAAGUCUCUCAACCCGUUUUAUGGAGAAGAUUUUUACUUUGAAAUUCCAAGAACAUUCCACAAUUUAUCCUUUUACAUUUACGAUAAAAGUCUUUUACAGCGAGACCUUCGAAUAGGAAAGGUUGCCAUAAAGAGAGAGGAUUUGUGCAGGUACUAUGGUAAAGAGCCCUGGUUUCCACUUCAGCCCAUAGAUUCUAACUCAGAAGUACAGGGAAAAGUCCACCUGGAGCUGAAGCUAAAUGAGCUGAUUACUGACAAUGGAUCCGUGCAGCAGCUUAUGGUACAUAUUGUAGAAUGUGAGGGGCUACCUCUAGUGAAUGGGCAGAGCUGCGAUCCAUAUGCUUCUGUGUCUCUUGUUGGACCAGCUAGAAUUGACCAGAAGAAAACCAAAGUGAAGAAGAAAACGAGUAAUCCACAAUUUAAUGAGAAAUUCUACUUUGAGGUGACGAGGUCAAGCAGCUACACUAAGAAGUCCCAGUUUCAAGUAGAGGAAGAAGAUAUUGAGAAACUUGAAGUAAGAGUUGACCUGUGGAACAAUGGAAAUCUUGCUCAGGAUGUGUUUCUUGGAGAGAUAAGAAUUCCAGUGAGAGUACUGAGGAGCGACUCGUCCCACCAGGCCUGGUAUCUGCUCCAGCCCAAGGACAAUGGCAGCAAAUCAUCAAAGUAUGAUGAUCUGGGAUCGCUGAGGCUAAGCAUCUGUUAUACAGAAGACUACGUGCUGCCUUCAAAUUUCUAUAACCCACUUAAAACCCUGAUGAUGAAAUCACCCGAUGUUCAGCCCAUCACUGCCUCGGCUGCCUUCAUCCUGGGAGAGAUUUGUAGAGACAAGAAUGAUGCCAUCCUCCCUUUAGUCCGGCUCCUUCUUCACCAUCAGAAAUUAGUCCCCUUUGUGACGACUAUUGCACAGCUCGACCUGAACGACACUCAAGAAGCCAAUACAAUCUUCAGGGGGAACUCUUUGGCCACUCGUUGUAUGGAUGAGACCAUGAAGAUUGUUGGAAACCAUUAUCUGAAAGUAACCUUGAAGAAUGUCAUAGAUGAGAUAUGUGAAUCUCCCAAGCCCUGUGAGAUAGACCCCAACCGACUGAGGGAAGGGGACAAUAUCGACAAUCACAAGGAAAAUCUAAGAAAUUAUGUGGACAAGGUGUUCUCAUGUAUAGUGAAAUCCAGCAUGAGCUGCCCCACCGUGAUGUGUGACCUGUUCUCCUCACUACGACACAUGGCUGUUAGACAUUUCCCUAAUGACCGCCAUGUACAGUACUCAGCUGUCAGCAGUUUUGUCUUCUUGCGAUUCUUUGCUGUGGCUGUUGUGUCUCCUCAUAUCUUCCAUUUGAGAUUCCACCACCCAGACACACAGACAUCUCGGGUGUUGACACUCAUAUCAAAAACCAUUCAGACUCUGGGAAGUGUUGGCAGUUUGUCAAAAAAUAAAACUUCCAGCUUCAAAGAACCAUUCAUGUGUGAUUUCUACAAGAUGUUCGAGGAAGAAACCUACACAGCAGAUGUCAAAAAGUUUUUAGAGGAAAUUUCCUCCACUGAAAGUAAAGAGCCAAGUGGAAUGAGUGAAUCAGUCAUACUUAAAGAAGGUGAGAUGUACAAGCGAGCUCAGGGGCGCACUCGGAUGGUAAAGAAGAGCUUCAAUAAGAGAUGGUUUUCUCUAACAAGUCGAGAGUUUACCUACCACAAACAUAAAGAUAAAGAGCCAGUCUUCCGCAUCCCUAUUAAAAGUAUCCUGGCUGUUGAGAAGCUGGAUGAAAGUGCCUUCAGUAAAAAUAAUAUGUUCCAGGUGAUUUAUGGUGAUAGGCCCCUGUAUAUACACGCCAGUAACUGUGUUGAAGCCAAUGAAUGGAUAGAGGUGUUGGGCAGAGUGAACAGACGAAAUCUUAGAAGACUCAGCAAAUACCACCCAUCUGCUUUUAUAAAUGGGACCUGGCUGUGCUGCAAGGCAUCUUCCGAGAGCACUGAAGGCUGCAGCCCCUGUACUGUAGGUGCUCCAGCUGACGUGGCGCUAGAUAUAGAUGGAGAUCGCGAAUGUGAAAAGAUCUAUUCUCUGUUUAGCACAAACAUGUCAAAACUGCAGACGAUGGAAGAGACCUGUGCGAGCAUGGCUGUGUAUCAGGGCCCACAGGAACACAGUGAUUGUCACUUCACUAUAGAGGAUUCGGUGGAAACUUUCAAGACCCUCCAGCAGAUUAAAGCCAUCGUGGAGAGGCUGAAUGAACCUCACGAUGAACACAAGAAAGGGUCUACCAGUGCAAAGUAUGGCAGCCAAGAGAAUCCAAUUGUGGGAAAAGGAUCAUAGCAUCAUGGUCAUCUAGAACUGGAAGAAAGCCUUGCCAGAAGACCAUUUGGAGCUUUGUGACCACUUGGCCGGAUCCUCUCAAAUUUUCAUUAUAGGAAAACUUUCAAUGACAUUUGGAUGUCGUGGCUGAAAGUAGGGAAGAGUGAUGAGGUGCCAGUAUCUUACAUCAGCCAGGGAUAACGGGAAUACAUGUGAUGACCUUCAUACUGCGGGCAGUACUUUGCAUAGUACAGAUACUGCCUUUAAUUUCUCAAGUCACAUUCCCCGGGGGUCGCACUUAGUGUAUUCCUGGCCUGGCUACGGUGAUCUAGCUGUGUUAGGACACACCACUCAAUGGAAAAUCGGAUAUCCGUCAAGUGUGCUCAGCACUGUGCAAUUAUACGAGGUUCUGUCAAAACCUUGGGGCACACUGGAGGAAAAGAGUUACCAGUUUAAGAAGACAUGUGGCAGAGUAAUAGUGGAGGAAUCGGUGAAGUAACCACACUAGACUUUAACACCCGUCUCAGAACUAAGCGAAUCAGGGACUGGUUUCUUUUAGACGGUACAAAUUGUUUUGAUUGAGUUUUUUUUUCUUUUGUUUAAUUUUCUUUCUUUUCCUUUUUUUUUUUUUUACUGAAAACAUUCGGGUAAACCCAGUAAAACUGUACCAGCCCAGUGCCACAAAGUUGAUGCUUCAUAACCAUACGUGAAUUUAUGGAUUAACUUGGCCCUUGUAUAAUUUAGGGAGAUAUAUUCACCACCACUAGCAACAGGCUACUGGGAGAUUCUCUAAGGGACACAAGAGGCCUCUAGAACGUCACUGAGGUUUCCUGUGGUACUUGGUAGUGGUAGAUCUUUCUGAAGACCUCAAUACUAAAUACAUGUGAGGUGGAGAGUAUUUGAACAGAUGAAAUUGGGCAUAUUUUUUAUAGUUUUAAUUAGGUUAUCAGAAGAAUGUCAGUAUUUAAUACAUAUACAUCCUAAUCAAAAGCCGUGCUCUGUAACCAGGACACUCAGAAUGUAAAAGUUACAUUUUUGUGUGUAAAGGUGUGUCUUUCCUUACUUUUUUCCUUGGGUCAACAUAUCCUGAAAUAUCAGUAGUAAUAAGUUAGAGCAACAUGAUCUGAUUGGCUUUCACAAUAAGAAUACCUUGUACAAGGAAUCUGGCAUUAAGUACUGGUGACUCAUGCUUCAGUCAGCAUAAUCAGUUUGAAGCAUGAGUCACAAGUACUUAAUGAUGGAGAUUACUUGUACACUAUUACUACUGAUAUACCAUGACCUGGAUGAAUGAGAACCUUCACAGACAGAUUCUGAAAUGUGUUGGAAAGGUCAACAACUAAAAAAAAAUGAUUUUGUGGUAUUGUGUCACGACUUGUCUAUCCUAUAUUUGUCUGUGUAUGAACACCCAGUGGUUGUGAUGGGACUUGCAGCCUGUCAAGGGGUUUCUCAGCAUGUAGCAACUGACAUUUGUUUUAUGAGAAAUUCAAAGGUAAGGAUGGACACAUCUGAAGGUUGACAUGGCAUUAAACACAAGCAUGUACUUUGCAGUAGUCCUCUCCACUAUUUGGGAGAGUCUAUACAACGGGCACCGUGUGUGGCAUAUACUUGCAUUCCUUGCUCAUUUAAAUGCUUGGGGCUGAACACUAGCUGGCCACGGGCCAUUGUCCUUCAUGCUGAUUAGUAUUGCAGCCUCAGUUUAGUGCAGAAUUACUCUGCAUUCACUAAAAUAUAAAGGCAGCUCCGAAUGUGCAGAGCUGGCAUAGAAAGGGUUUAUAUACCCGCUGCCAUCUUUGUGAUUGCCACUAAGUGCCAUAGCCGGAAGCAGGAGUAUGGAAAGGGUAUCUAUUUAUUCAUGGAGGUCUCCCUUAUGAGCCUGCCCCCAGAAAAUAUUGCCUGAAGUGCAGGUGGCGUUUUAUCUCAUAGCACCAUACCUGGUGUAUGAGAGGCUUUGCACAGAAUCCUAGCACAGAGCAUCCAUCUUUGGCAGGCAUGUUUUACUCUCCCUCCAACUUUUUUUUUCUUUUCUUUUUUUAAUUCCCUCCAGAGAUUUUUAGAAAUUGUUAAAGGAUCUGAUCCUGCACCAGUUGUCUUCAGAAUAGGAAUGGCCUACUCAAGGCAGCCACUUUCCCUACCACUCUGAGCACUUUAGUAAUCUGCUGUGGUCGGAUUACAUGUGUCUUUUUGUUUUCUUUUUAAUAUAAGAUGCAUAAUGUAUCAAGUUGUUUUCUUCGUUAAGAUCAGUUCCAUGAUCAAUGCUGUAAUUUCUUUAAUGAUAAAAAAAAAAAAAUACAUUGGAAAAAAAAGUUUUAUGAAAUGUUUAGAAGACCAAAGAUGAUUUAUAAUCUUUCUGUAUAUAUUUAUUUUUAAGUCUUGCUUUCAUUGUGGAAAAGAUAUGAGGUUUGCUUUUGUCAGUAUUAUAAAGAAAAAACAGGUACUGCUUUACUCUGCCUUGUCUUGGAAAUGAGUGAUGAAGCUUUUUUUUUCACCCUGGAUAAACAGGUCCUUUUUCUGGAACCACCAGGUUUUGCACUGUUUUGGUGGAAAGUAUUCCAAAGUCCAAACCGGACAGAAUUUUCAUUUGGUCUCCCAAAAAGAUUUCUAGGACCAGGGGUCCCUCCUCUGUUGCAUCGUAUGAUUGAUUCUGUUUUUUAUUUGCACACAGAAAAAUGUAUGUGGACAUGUGACAAUAAGGGUACGGCCCGACAGUGUGUUUUGACCACAUGCUACCAAGCAGCACCGACCCAUGUGCAGCCAUUGACUGCCGCUUGGCCUCGUCCAGCCAUCUGCACCAUAGGGCCGUACCCUAAUGUGCUCAGUCUGUAACCUUACUACAGAAGAGAAAACCCAGAUUUAAAGGAUGUAUCCAUUUUUUUGCAUUUUUUUUUUUUUUCUUUUACUUAUAUGCAAAGUGAAGUAAUUUUACAAAUAGCCUUAAAGGGGUUGACCUAUCUGGGACAUUGAUGGCAUAUCGCUAGGAUAUGCCAUCACCUGGGGUCCCGUAUCAACCUCCAGAAUGAGACUCCCAUGCACGGCGUUGGGUUGCUCGGCUGUUUUUGGAUGUCCCAUAGUGGUGAAUGGAGAGUGCACCACCCAAACACGGUCACAUUUCCAUUCACCACUAUGGGACUGCCGGAAGUGGCCAAGCCAGCGCUAGGUUAUUUUUGGAACGCUCAUAGCGGGUGGCCGUGCUUACUUGGUAUGCUCUCCGUUCAGUUUGAGGGUGCCAUUCAGGAGGUAGGUGCAGGUCCGACCUCCUAGCACUGUGCCAUCAGUGGGACAGCCCCUUCAAACCAAAUUUGUCUAAUAAAUCUUCACAGCUUGCAUGCUUGUCUCCUCAUAGUUGCAGGCUACAAACAAACCUCAUCUAGUAUGAUCUUGCAGUCAUGUGUUAAGGGGGAUUUAUAUGGCCCGGUUGUCAGCCAGAUUAUCGUGAACGAAUGUUCCUGCAAAAGCUCAUUCCUGACAAUCUUCCUAUGUAAAUGUUCGCCAAUCACCCGAUGAACGAGUGAAACGCUCAUUCAUCGGGUGAUCCUGCCGUUCGUGCAGGUACAUCAAUUAUCUUUCUGGGCAGCAGAUCAUACAGUCUAAACAGCGAUCUGCCCAGAAACGGUGCAGCUGUAUGAGGACGAGCGAUCGCAAUAGCCAUCCAUCGUCCUCCUACAGUGAAGGAGAUCACUGCAUGCAGCAGUCUCCUUCACUGAACGAGCAGCUGCCCCUCAGCCAGUGAAACCCAUCUGCCCCCUUUCCAGGUUCUCUAGGCUAGCAAGAUAUGAGGGGAGAUGGAAGAGACAUGACUGCAGGAUCAGACGAAAACUUAUUUGCUAGUUUAGAUGCAGUGAGCAAAAAAAUGGCAGUAAAAGUAUACUGUACAUAUAAUUAACUUGCAUGUCAAAAGGUUGUCCCCAUCUCCUAAAGAAAUGACGUGUCUCUAGCAGUAAAGGGGAUGCAAUGCUGAAUCUGUGCUGCAGUCCCUUCAUUCUCAGGAUCAGUAGGGGUCCCAGCAUACACCAUGGGAACACCCUUUAAUUAUGCUCUCAAAAUACAGUAUACAUACAUUUUGUCUACAGAGCCAUAUAUCAAUCGAAUAAUCUCAGCAUUACUUGCACUGGUAAAUUCUCCUGACCGUGCCGUGAUAUUGCGUGAAUUGGCCAAAUUAUUGGUAUUUUUCUAUGAACAUCCACCUAAGUAGACUGCACAAUCCUUCAGAUAAUACAGGCAGGAAAAUGAGCUAUUGUCCACAGUGGAGCCGCCCAGACCAGCCCUAACGUCUAACCUUUGAGGUCACUACUGAUGGAGAGGUCCACAGGUAUGUUCUGGUAGCCGCCUGUACAGGUUAGAUCUCAUUGGUUGACAGAACCUGAAUAGGAAUGCACUCCCUGCAGAAACAGACUGCACAGGGACACCUUGUACAGGUUCCCAAGCAGUUCACAACAACUUCUUCCUGAGCGUCCUACCAGAACACACCGGUGAAUCCCCAUGACACAUUAUGGCUGAGGUGGACACCUUCAAUGUGCACCAUAGCUGUAUUUUCAGCUUUUUGCUCAUUUUAAAUAGGUAUUUUUAUAUUAUUUUUUUAUUCUAUUCUGUAGUCUCAUUAUGGUUAAAAAUGAACAAAAUAGGAUUGCAAACUCUGAAAUCAAACCUUCCAUUAAGCCACUACUGUAAAGUUAUGGUUGAACUACUCUUCCCAUCUUGCUGUGGCAUUUUCCCCUUAUUUGUCACAGGUUGGGAACUGUAAUCCGUUCGGUAGUCCUAUGGGCCAUGUGUGUGUCUCCAGCCGCUGAACUGCAAGGUCCAACAUGGGGCGAGAUGUCGUUCCACAGUCUGCUUACCAGCCGGGCAUAGACUUGUGUGCGUGCAUGGUCCACAUACGGUUACCUAUUUAUAUAAUGUAACGCAGACUUAAGCAUCAGAACAAUCACUUUCUUAUACGUGUGAACAGGGUAUCUUUUUUUAUUUAGACCAAUGUGGCAUUGCACAGAGUGAUUCUUCCUAUUUGUUCAGUAAUAUUUCCAUUUUAGCUUUCUGUUGCUGAAAGGGUUAAUAAGAAAGCUCCUGAUGCCCUCAGAGAGGCAGAUCUUCUGCCCUGAGCUCGGGCGCUGCCAGUUCCUGGGACUGAGAGCUCAUCAUUUUCCCACAUUUGCUUUUUUUGUAAAGCUUCUUCUCAUCUCGCUGUGAAGUCUAGCUCUGUCUAUUAACCUUGAGAAGUCGUGGAAAUGUUUAUUUUAAUGAAAAACAGUUUUAUUUUCUCAUCCACCGUAUUUUCAUGUUUUGCUCAUUUUUUUAUGUUUCUUUUUGUAAACUACUGGUUGGAGAAGAACCUCUACUGAAUAAAAUGUCAGAAAUGGAAGCUGAA